AUGCUCGAUCUGUUCACCAUUUUAACCAAAGGCGGUUUCGUUCUGUGGCAAAAAAACUAUGCCCCCAUCUCGGGGUCACCCGUUGAAGAACUCAUCAAAAACGUGCUUAUUGAAGAACGCGCCGGUACCGAUGCCUACACAAAAGAUAGCUACACCAUGAAAUGGACAUUUGCUAAUGAGCAUGACCUCAUCUUUGUCGUCGCCUAUCAAAAAAUCUUGCAGUUAAACUAUACCGAUGAAUUACUGGAAACCACCAAACGUGUCUUUUUAGAUCAAUAUCAAGAUAUUCUAUCACGUAAAGAGAAUCAAGGAACACAACAUAAUACCUCGUUAUUAGAUACGGAUUUCAAUAGUUCCUUUGGUCCUACAUUUGAGCAACUUCGAUUACAAAUGGAAGAGAAAUACAGUAAAAGAACGUCCAUGAACCAUCCAGCUCGACGACAACCUCGAAAAUUUGAAGAUACCAAAAAGUUUGAACAUUCAUGGAAAGGUUCUCAAGCGCAAAAUAAAGGCGAAUUACCUCUCUCCAACCCUACAAAAUCUACCACAGCAUCAACAACAGCAGCGGCCGUGGACGAAGAUGAAAUUGCUAGAAAUAUUAGAAAGUUGAAAUUACAAGGUGUCAAAGGUCGUCCUCGAAAAUCAGCCACACCCACGCCCUCUGAGGAAAACACGAAACCAAAUAAAAAGAAAUCACAAAAACAGGCUCGUGUGUGGGAUGGACAGAUUACAAAAGAUCAAAUGAAAGCGUUGGAUUAUUCAAACGACCACAAGAAUGAAAAAGCGACGGGUAGCGAGGAGAAAGAAGGAAAUGUGGAGGAUAUUGCAGCACAAUUUGUGGAUCCAACCAAACUAGGACAAAAGAAUAAAGAAGGCAUCUAUGAAGUACAGGAUGUCAUGAAAGACGACCAAGUAGCCGAUGACGAUGCACUGGAUUUUGAUUCCUACGAAGAAGAGGAGGAGGAUAGAGAGCCUACCCAGAGGAAAACAAACGGCACGCGCGGUGGUAUGUUUUCUUAUCUCAAGUCAUUGGCCUCUGGUAAAAGAGCCAUUACCAACGACAUGCUCGAACCAGUCAUCGCCACCAUCAAAGAACGUCUGAUCACUCAAAAUGUCGCCACGGAUAUUGCGGAUCAUUUGUGCCAAAGUGUACGGACCAGUCUCCUCGGUAAAAAGCUUGGCAGUUUCGAACGUCUCUCGACCCUCGUCAAGGAUAGCAUGGAAGCCGCUUUGAAACGUAUUCUGACCCCUAAAACGUCGUUGGAUCUCUUGAGAGAUAUUGAACAAGCCAACAAGGCAGAAAAACGACCCUAUUCGAUCUGCUUCAUCGGUGUGAACGGUGUCGGCAAAUCGACCAACCUGAGCAAAGUGUGUUUCUGGUUAUUACAAAACAAUUACAAGAUUCUGAUUGCGGCGUGCGAUACGUUCCGAAGCGGUGCCGUGGAACAAUUGCGUGUGCAUGUGCGUAACUUGACCGCCUUGCAGCAGCAGCAAUCGUUGACGGGAGAGACCACGGGCCAAGUGGAGAUUUUUGAGCGUGGGUACGGUAAAGAUGCAGCGGGUAUUGCCAAAGAUGCGAUCAGCUACGCUUCGAGUCAAGGAUUCGACGUGGUGUUGAUUGACACCGCGGGCCGUAUGCAAGACAACGAGCCACUGAUGAGAGCCUUAUCCAAGCUCGUGUCGGUCAACCAACCCGAUAAAAUCAUUUUCGUCGGUGAAGCGUUGGUGGGAAAUGAAGCCGUCGAUCAAUUGACAAAGUUCAAUCAAGCCUUGAAAGACUUUUCAGGGCUGCAGCAUCCACGACAUAUUGACGGUAUGAUCUUGACCAAGUUUGACACGAUCGAUGAUAAAGUCGGUGCUGCUUUAUCGAUGACCUACAUUACGGGUCAACCCAUUUAUUUCGUCGGUACAGGUCAAACCUAUACAGAUCUGAAGAAUCUUAAAGUGUCUCAUGUGGUGCAUAGUUUACUAAAAAAAUAG